AUGCCUCCUAAGAAUAAUCAGCAGGCAUCUUCCCGCAAGGGGAGCAAAGGAGCCACUCAAACAGAUGCACUGGUGCCAGUCAUGCCGUGCAACCCGCAAGCAUUUGCUCAGUUCUUCGCGGCAUUUGAGACCUUUUAUAGGCAAUGUAGGCCAGGAGCCAUACCUCUCCCAGCGCCACUGCCGGCCUCACAGGAUUACAUUCCUGACACCAUACCCAGUAAUCAGGAGCGCCCGAGUACCUCUGCCUCCAGGCCAGGCAUAGCCCCACCGGGGCCCGCUGCAGUGUCACCACAUAGAACCCGCUCGCAGUCCGCUCUAUCCCUUGGGUCCAAUUCGGAUUCCUCAGGCGGCAGAGCUCCUUCUGGGGGAGCCAACAAUACUAAUUCUCAUCAGGACAUAGGUAUGCCUAGUCUCUUUCAGGAUUCAUCACAGCAGCUCACAACGGUGGAGGGGGACUCUGGAUCGUCCGACAAGGAGGAACAACAGGGACACCAAGACACCCCGGCCACGGUCCAAAUGGUAGCCGACGCUGUUCAGCAGGGUGGAAAAAGGAAGUCCAAGAGGAAGCACACUGCGAAAAAAGGCAAGAAGAGCAGGAAGUCGGACUCCGAGGAUGAGUCAGGUACCUCCUUUUCAGAUUCGGAUAGCGACGCUCCCAUGGAGGAUUACUGGGGCCAGGGCGGGGAUAUUUCUGGGCUCCCUUUGUGGGUGCAUGAAAGGAGGGCUAAUUCCCACCGCAAGUCCUUUAACGGGUCCCUGGAAUGGAAAGAGGGGGGCGUUGGUGGAAGAUGUAAAAACAUCCACCAAUGUGUCCACUGA